AUGAUCCUGCUGACAAUUUAUUUUGAACAACCUCAGAGUUCACGCCGUGGUAAUUACAUACACUUUUUGUUAAUGCCCUGUAAGCUGUAAAGUCGGAUGUGUUGUUUACCUUGUGUUUUUCGCUUCCUUUAGGUAAUUAUAAGCAAGUUAGAGGCUUGGACAUUAUCGCAGCUUUGCUAAAUUCAAAGUUGAUCUUGUUGGGGAGAUGGAGACAUCAGUUACAAGUAGUGAAGGUUCUCUAACCUUUUAUUUCAUGUAAUUCUAAAAAUGCAGCACCUGUUCCCUCUACGUCGAAAAUUGUUGACGCAGUUAUGACAAUUAAGGGACUGGUCAUUAUUUAUGCUCUGGGGGGAGGAGGGUUUGGAGGAUUUUGCUCGUGUUGCGAUAAAAUUUACCUGAUCCCCCAUAAGGCUCCGCAAUAUUCUUAUGACAAUAAGAAUAUAUAUACAAUCCCUCCCUUAAAACCCCCUCCUUACCCCACCCCACCCCACCCCCCCCUCCACCCAGAGCGAUAACUAAUAACUGGUCCGUUAGGCAGUUUUCUCCAAACCUGCACCUUUCUUUGGUUCCAUAGUUUCAUCCAUUUUAUCCUUUUCUGGUAGCAUACAUAUAAUUUUUUUAUUUCAAUUGGAUACUUAUUUUCACAGACACUUCUAGUGGUAUACAGUAUGGACAUGCAACUGUCACUUCAAACCACAUGAUGUUAAUAUGUGAUGACGUGGGCGCUUCUUGGAGAGAUCUGGGUACUCAGUUGAGGCUCCCAUCAGCUGUGGUUCGUAAUGUUGAAAAUGAUUACACCUUAUGUCGAGAAAGGGCGUGGCAAGUGCUAGACAGAUGGAAACAAAGAAACGGGACUGGAGCAACUUUGGGAAAUCUUACAGAUGCUCUGGAGAAAAUAGGGAAGAGAAAUGCCGCUCAAAGGCUCGUUGGUAUGUAAUUUCCUUUUUUUAUGGGAACUCAUUUAUUGACAUGUCUAUUCAUGUUCUUCAUGAAAACUUGAGUUGGAAGGGAGAGUCUAACAGAUAGCCUCUUAGCGAUACCAUGAGGUUUCAUAGCCUACUGCAGCUUGCAUUUCAGGCAGUUUUGAACAUAUUUUGUUUCGUUAAGAGAGGAUAAUCUGAGUAUACAAGAAACUUAAGGUUAAAAAGAAUACAAUAAAGGUAGGCUUUGACUGAAAGCAAACGCUUCUACAGUCCAUCUGCUUGCCAAUGUAAAAUUUUUGGGGGGCGAAAGCAUUGCAGUUCGUGUUUACGAUUAGAGCCUCUCUAGUCGAGAGCGCUCACAAAAAAUUAUUUCCCAAAAAACCUUUAACAUUUUAAUACUAGCAAUAAAUUUUUUGAGAAGGUGCCCAUACAUUUAUUAUGGGGGUUUAAUCAAAUGCAACCUUUUUACCUUGAUAUUUAUAGAGACAGAGAAAGUGGAGGCUGGGUUACACUGUGCGCGAGUACAAAGUUCGAAAUUGCGAAGGGAAGUUGACCUUUUGAGGACGGGCCUACAGAACGAGAAACAGAAACACGACACAACAGUUAAAGAACUCAGAGAAUUUACCAAAAGCCUACAAGAAAUGCUAACAGAAAAGGGUGAGGAUGAGCGACAACAUAUAGAAACAAGGGUCCAGGGCUUAGAAACCACAAUUAAAAGGCUGGAAACAUACCUUUCGACUGAAAAAACCGCCGAUAAGGAGGUUCUGAUGCAAGAAACGACCCGCUUGGGAAAAAUCUGCGACCAGAUGGAAGAGGGUCUACGGGUUGUGCAAGAAAACAUCAAAAUGAUCUCUGAAAACCAGAAGGAAAUCACGGGUAAAUCAUUACAGCCCGAAAAUAGUGCAUGGGAGGAAACAAGUGAGAGGCGUUCAAGUGCAAGACAGAAGGGUGGAAUGGCUGACCGAAGCCAGAAAGACGCCGGACAAAGAUAUGGGGAAAGGCAGAAGAACGAAGGAGCGACCAUACAACUUUUGUAUGAAGGUAAGUUUGAACUGCGCAGCUUCCUUCACUACAAGCUUGAUAUUUUUGUUUUAGUUUUCAUUAUAGGAUAAUGGAUCAGAAACGGUUCGUCUUCAUUAGUUUUGUGACUUUUAUCAUAGUCUGCAAGAGAUAAAAUUGCAUAUACUUUAACUUCAGUGGCUUCUUUGACCAGACUGUUCAAUGUUUGACCCCGCGUUAAUACAUGUUAAUACAUGUCUUCGGUAAAUGUACUUUUCUAUCGAAUGGCAGUGUCACAAAAGGUCUGGAAAAUAGUCGAGUUAGAGAAUUUGAUUGGCUAAAAUGGAUGCUGAAAUAGGUCAUAACCCACAAGCUGGUUAUAAAUGAAAACAGGGGGAGAUACAACUAUCCAGCGAUCUGGAUGAAGCUGGUCAGAUCACACGUUACUGUAAACAAGACUUAUGUAAUCGAGGACUCAUUAAUAUCUCGUUGAUCUUCACUGGGUGUUGGUGUUUUUAUAGGAAGCCAAGCAUGCUUGCGGUGUCCUGAUUUGGAAAAAGAGCUUAACGACAUUAAGACAAAAAGAGAAACAAUUAAAAACAAAAUCAGCCAACUCGAGCUCAAGCACAAAGAAGAUAAGAAGAAGUGGGACGAGGAUAAAAAAGAAAAAGAUAAGAAAAUAAAAGAAAACGAGCUUGAAAUUGGCAACUUAAAGAAAACCAACGAAAAACAGCAGAGACAGAAAGAAAGACUCUCCAAAAAGAAAGCUGAAAUGGAGAAAAAGAAAACUGAAGUCAUGGAAGAAAACAAGAAAAUCAUGGCUCGGAUUGAAAAGUUAUUGGCCGAGAAGGAGGAGCUGGAAAAGGCGUUACUUGUUCAAACCGGUGCAAAAGAACAGGAACGGCUCAAGGCUGAAAAUGGUAUGCUGUUGACUAGAAUUGAACAGCUUUCCAAAAGAGUGAACAACAACGAGCUAGAGUGCAAGAGGCUUCACGAGGAGCUUAAAAAGUACAUCAACUUCGAAAGUCGUAAGUACAUAUGUGAGAGUUAGUUGUGAUAUAGGAAGAAAUAUUCAAUAUGAUAACUAUACCUUCGCCUCGAUUGUUCGUCUGUUUCAUGUUAAGGAGGUUGAGUCCUAUGUGAUCACUUAUGCCACGGCAUAAAAUAUGUAAUAAUGUAGAUUGAUCGUCCGGGUAAGUCGAUUCUUGAGAAGGAAAGUUGUCGGUAGUGGUGACUAACGUUUCAACAACCUGAGCGGAAGUCGUCAUCAGGAUGAUAAAGGAACGGAGGAAUGAAGGGAUGUAGAGAUGUAGAAAUGAAGGAAUGAAGGAAUAAAAGGAUAUAAGAAUCAAGGAAUGUAAGAAUAAAGGAAUGAAGGAAUGCAGAGAUGUAGGAAUGAAAGAAUGAAGGAAUGUAAAAAUGAAGGAAUGUAAGAGUGGAGGAAUGAAGGAAUGAAGGAAUGCAGGAAUAAUGGAAUGAAGGAAUGAAGGGAUGUGGCAAUGAAGGAAUGAAGGAAUGUAUGGUGAAGGAAUGAAGGAAUGAAGGAAUAAUGGAAUGAAGGGAUGUAGGAAUGAAGGAAUGAAGGAAUAAAGAAAUGUAGGAGUGAAAGAAUGAAGAAAUAAUAGAAUGAUGGAAUAAUGGAAUGAAGGAAUGAAGGAAUGAGGGAAUGAAGGAAUGAAGGAUUGAAGGAAUGUAGGAGUGAAGGAAUAAUGGAAUGAAGGAAUAAUGGAAUGAAGGGAUGUAGGAAUGCAGGAGUGAAGGAAUGAAGGAAUAAUGGAAUGAAGGAAUGAAGGAAUAAUGGAAUGAAGGAAUGAAGGAAUAAUGGAAUGAAGGAAUAAUGGAAUGAAGGAGUGAAGGAAUAAUGGAAUGAAGGAAUAAUGGAAUGAAGGGAUGUAGGAAUGCAGGAGUGAAGGAAUGAAGGAAUAAUGGAAAGAAGGAAUGAAGGAAUAAUGGAAUGAAGGAAUAAUGGAAUGAGGGAAUGAAGGGAUGAAGGGAUAAUGGAAUGAAGGAAUGUAGGAGUGAAGGGAUGAAGGAAUGUAGGAGUGAAGGAAUAAAGGAAUGAAGGAAUGAAGGAAUGUAGGAGUGAAGGGAUGUAGAAUGAAGGAAUGAAGGGAUGAAGGGAUGAAGGGAUGUAGAAUGAAGGAAUGUAGGAGUGAAGGAAUAAAGGAAUGAAGGAAUGAAGGAAUGUAGGAGUGAAGGAAUAAAGGAAUGAAGGAAUGAAGGAAUGUAGGAGUGAAGGGAUGUAGAAUGAAGGAAUGAAGGGAUGUAGAAUGAAGGAAUGAAGGAAUGAAGGGAUGUAGAAUGAAGGAAUGUAGGACUGAAGGGAUGUAGAAUGAAGGAAUGUAGGAGUGAAGGAAUGAAGGAAUAAUGGAAUGAAGGAAUGAAGGAAUGUAGGAAUAAUGGAAUGAAGGAAUGAAGGAAUAAUGGAAUGAAGGAAUGAAGGAAUAAUGGAAUGAAGGAAUGAAGGGAUGUAGGAAUGAAGGAAUGAAGGAAUGAAGGAAUGUAGGAAUGAAGGAAUGAAGGAAUGUAAGAAUUGAGGAAGGAGGAAUGAAGAAAGGAAGGGGUGGAGGGACGGAUGGAUGGAUGGAGGAAUGGAUACAAAGUUUUGGUUACAUUGCUUUCGAUUAUCAUUUAUACUGGUUAAGCGACUGUUUAAUAUUGGUGACUGCAUUAGUUGGAUGGUUUUUGUUAGUUUGACGGUAAUUUAGCUGUCUUUUCUUCUUCCUUUUAGGUGUUUUCUUACCAACUGGAAAGGAAUUUGCCACAAACUGCCCUGGUGUUAUUUGCAAUUUGAAGAGAGAUGUUACAUCAAAACUGCAUGCUUCUAGAUCUUCCGAUGGGCCAGGUAAAGCAAGUGACAUAUUUGACCAUCAGAAAGGAACUACCAGUGGAACAGAGGAGAGGAAAGAUUCAUGGUGGUCCAUUGAUCUAGGCUCAAGCCAUCGGCUUGUAAUCACACAUUACUCUUUAAGACACGGAAAAAGAGAUGGAGAGUCAGUUCUUACCCAUUGGCAACUGGAGGGAUCCAAUGACGGAAUGAAUUGGAAAAAACUUGAAACUAAUUAUAAAAGAGCAGAUCCUCCACGCUUCAGAGAUCCUCAUCCAUAUUAUACAGGCACCUGGUCAGUUGAAGGCAAAAUGGGAGCUUUCCGAUUUUUUCGAAUUUUCCAAACAGGCAGAAAUUCCUCUCACAAAUAUGGAAUCUACUUGUCCGGAAUUGAACUGUUCGGGGUACUUCUAAACAUCUAGAAGCUUGCAGAAGAAGCCUUAGAGACUCUCGCUCAACUCUCAAAUAGCAACAUAUUGGACUACCUCCCAAAAAUUUUAAAAGCAGUAAGAUCGGAUUUAGAGGGUCACAAAUCCCUUCCAUGUAAAAACAUUGUAUAAAGGUCUCAAAGUAAUUUUAUCCUUACUUCCUUUUAUAUCUAUGAGACAACAGUUUUUGUUUUCUUCGUGCAAUAAUCAGCUUAAAAUUAGCCCUUUAACUCCCAAGAUCUGAUUGGUAAUUCUUCUCCCCUCUAACUGAUACACAUUUCUUUUUAAUUUGGUGUUAUAUCAAGAUAACAUCUUCUGCCAGAUAAGUUUAAAUAUUCUCAUUACCUGUUUGCUGGAUAACGCCGAUAUGGCAGGAUCCCGUUACUUAAUAGUGAUGGGCUCCUACGUAUGGAUGUCAUGGAUGUCAUACUCACUUUCGGUUUAAUGUCAGGGGAUUAAAGGAAAAGCUAAGGGUGAGGCGCAUUUCACUCGGCCAAAAAUUCUUGGUUUGUAAUUUCUGUUCAAAUUGAUUUUGUUUUUACAAUAAUACAAUACCACUAUUGACCCUCAGCACCAUCAUGUUGAGCGCCAAAAUUUCCUGUGUUUCCGAUGUUGUCCUGGAUCUGCCUUUACAGUACAAACAAAUCUUAACAGUCCCAAUCUCAAGCCAAAAUGUCAACUUAUCGGGUAGAAAUUCCUAAUUUUAAUUUUAAAAUUUUAAUUUUAUGAUAAUAUUUAAUCCAAGCGAUAGACAUAUGUGGGAUACCAAAGACGAUUAGUUAAUUGCAGAAAAAAGUGUGAGAAAACCAUACAUAAUAUAUGCAUUUCAAUCGGAUUUGAAUAUUAGCUGAGCGGAAAGCGCCUCUUCAGGUUUUUAAAUAUAUUAAGAUCCAUGCUUGUAGAGCAAACGUCUUAUCACAUAAUUUAAAGGAUCGUGUGCGGUUAAAAGUAAAUAUAAUUUAAGGAGACUUAUAUAAGAUAAGGCUUUGACGAUGUACACGGGCAAAGAAGCCCACAACGCUAAGGAUUAUUUUAAUGGCGUGAAACAUGCCUUUUAGACAGGGCUUGAGCUCGCAGCCGUCCAGUUUUCCAUGGAGAGUAAAUUAUAGGCCAUUGUUUCUCAUAUCAAUCUAAAUUAAGAAGGAUCGCAACCUUCUGAUCUUGAAAAAACAGCAUUUCUCACAAUUUUUGGGGUUUUAAAUGAUCGCAAAAGCAAUAAACACAAGGUGAGAGACGCCUUAUUUCGUUUUCCAAACAGCUGGUUGAUGAUAAUAUGAAAACGAGCGCGAGACGAAAAGAGUUCGUGUAAACACAAGCGUAAAACGAGGAAAAGAGUGCGUGUCGCGUCUAUUUC